AUAGGACAGAACUUGGUGUCCAAGGCAAAAGAAACAUUCAACCAACUCCAAAGUACCAUAGUAUAUUUCCAUAAACCCUCUCUAAAACCCUUGAUUGAGAAAAUCACAAAGUUGUGUUUAAUCAGUCAGGAAAAUUAUGUCUUCUUCAAUGGCUCUAAGUCUGAGAAAAGCAGCUGGAGCUUCAACACUCUUCAAAUUCCUCUGCCCCAAAUCCCAUUUUACCACUGCUGCACCUUCAAUCACACGCUUUUUUUCUUCCACUAGCAAGGAUCCGAGCAACUCUACUCAGCCAAUUAUGGUAAAGGGUGCUCCACAAGAAUUCAAGAUGGAGAACCCAUUUCAGUCAGCAGGACCAAAGGAGGUGCUAGAAGUGGAUAAUGUGAAGGAUGGUAUACUCAUAAGAGUGGCAAUGCCUGGUGUCGGUGAAGAUGGGAUUAAGGUAUGGUUAGAGGACAACACAGUUUACUUCACUGGCAGAGGAGAAAUUGAAGUGGAAUCUGAGGAAUCAGGGAGGAAAUAUGGAGGGAGUCUUGAGUUUAGUACUGAUUGCUGUAAAGCUGAGCAGGUUGAAGCACAAAUGAAGAAUGGUAUUCUUAGAAUGGUAAUUAAAGGUGAUAUGGGAGAAGAUUGACUGUCUUAAUGUUCUUUUUUUGUUCAUCUUGUUGAUAUAUGAUAUAUCCUAGACAUGAUGUAUGAAAACGUAAAGAGGCCGCAAACAAGUUAAGAUCAUCUGUUACAUGGCAAGGUUCUGUUCAAAAGACGAUGAGAGAAUAAUGUUACUAGACGUGGUCAGGUUAUAUUGGGACUCAUUAAGGAGAUGAACUUUGUAGUAUUUGGGGAAAUAUUUGAUCAAAGGUCUAUACUAUAUGAUGGUUGUUAGAAUUACUUAAUCAAUUGGGAGUAAUUGCAAAUAUUCUUUGAGAAAAAUGGUAUUUCUUGUUGUGUGUCCCUUGAAU